UAAACGCCACUCCGGUUAGCUUUUUUGGAAAGGUGAUGCCGUGGGAUUAAUCUCACGCAACCGUGAGAACUUAAUUCAGUGAAAUAUAGCGAACUGUAACAGUACGAGCAACUUUGUAUACAUUUAAGCUUAUUAGCCAGCAAGCUUACCUGUAGCUAAUUCACGACUUGCGAUUUACAGCUGUCCAAAAUCAUUGAAAGUUAAUUCUUUAGGUGCUCAGCGUUUAGAGAGAGGUUUUAGAGAGACAACGAUUCAUAGAAACUAGUGUAAUAACUGCUCGUUGGGAUUAUUAGCUAGUUCUGCAAAUUGCCCAUUAAAGUUCAGAAUGUCUCGUGCUCAAGCUGAAAGCGUCAUCAAAAAUAUAAUUCGUGAAGUUGCUCAGGAAUGUGCGGGGAAAGGACAGAGCGUCUCAGAGACUUUAGUGGCGUUUAUGGUAAAAGCUGUUGUUUUAGACCCAAGAAAUCAAUUCAACGUAGAUCGGACUCUUACAAACAACGAUGUGCGAAACCUAAUUGAGUUAUGUGUUGACCGCCUCCUGGAUCAAGAAAGUCCUGCCCUUGACACAAUCAAAAUGCAGGUCUAUUUUGAUAUGAAUUACACAUCACGACGUGAGCUCCUGGAGGAGCACCAGCGCGUGCUUCGGUCCAGGCUGGCUGCAGUGAGUCGUGAAAUUACCGAGAGCAGGGUCAAGGACCGCGAAGAGCUUGACAUCCUUUACCGCAAGAUCGUUAGCUACAUGCUGCUUCGCUCAGGCGUAGGAUCCCCUACUGACAUAAAUACAGUGCGGGAGGCAACCGCUGCCUUGCAGAGUGUGUUCCCCCAGUCAGAGAUGGGCACCUUCAUGUCCCUCCUUAGGAAGGACAAGGAGCAGCAGCUGAACGAGCUCAGCAUGAUCGUCUUGGGCAUCCGUCUCUUCAAUAGGGACAGCGGCAAGGGAGGGGAGGGAAUUGACGAUCUGCCUUCAGUCUUGAAAGAGGCCAUUUCCACCACCAGGAGUCACAUUCUAUCAGAGCUCAAGGCCUCGUCGUUCUUAGCCUCCCAGCAGACAACCUUGCUGGAGUGGCUGCAUGACCCUGUGGACGGGCCCAGCAACUUCUUCAUCCCCAAGCCCCUGCUGAAUCAGGCACUGUACAACGUGAGGCAGCACGAAGCUUUCCUGAACAUCAUCUUGGCAGACGCAGGCUUAUGUGAAAUGCAAGUGGAAGCGCUGCAGGCGAACCUACGUACACAAAUGAAGGAGCUGAGGGCAACUGUCGAGUUCAAAACCGCAAUCCCUACUGCCCAAGUUUUUCCCCAUUUCACAGCUCUGGCAAAGACGUGGGCGGGGCUUCAGGAUGAGGUAGUCCUGCUGGGCGUCCUUGGCAACAUGGUAGCCAAUCUGCGGCCCUUCCUGGCCACCCAGGCGCGGCUCCUUCCUAAGGAGCAACUUGAAGUUCUGCUGGAGGACCUGGUGGUGAAGAGCGAUGAGCAGAGAAUGAAUGAAUCCUCCGGAAGCCCUAUUGACCCCACGCAGUUUGAGAAAGCAGAAUGGCUCUUCCCUAAAACCACAGCUAACUUUGACAAACUAUCUCUUCAGUUCAACGGAAUCUGCGGUUUUAUGCUCGUGGAGAAGGAUGGUUUUCUUUUGCCAGGUAACCCCCAUAUAGGGAUCCUGAAGCACAGAGAGAAAUACUACAUUUUCAGUUCCAAAGAGGCAGCUUGCGGCUUUGCCUCUAAGCCAGAUGAGUACAUCGCACGGGUCGCUGAGAUUGCCAAGAAGGCUCCAGAGCUUAUUCACCUGCUGGAACUCCAUCAGCAGUUUGCCUCUGUCACCCCAUAUUCAGAGUCAGGAGAGAGGCUGAUGGUGAAGCCCGUUGUAAAGUGCGAUAGCUGCACACAAACAGACACACACUUGGUGGAGGCCAACAUUGUGAGGUCCUACGAAUGGAAUGAAUGGGAACUCAGAAGAAAAGCAAUCAAACUGGCCAAUCUGCGGAGAAAACUGACCCACUCCGUGCAGACAGAUCUCAGCCACAUGAGAAGGGACAACGUCACCCAGACGUACCCUUCCAAAGACGUUUCCUGCCAAAGCAAAACGGAAGGCCAGAGCAACGUUCCAAAACCGCAGGUGUACCUGGCAGGCCUUCGCGGAGGGGGAUUGAAGCCAACGCAUAUGGUCAAAACCAAUUUGACAAGAGCGGUUGAUGAAUAAUAAUCGGCCUCUCUGCUGCUAAUGAGGUGGUUAUUUUGUUGUAUGCGAAAUUGUUCUCUUGUUUGCCUUUCGAAUUCAAGUUGCGUGGUUGCAUUUUUAAAUAGAGACAUACUUGUACAAAUAAAAAUUAUAAUAAACUGA